AUGGCGCCUAAGAAGUCCAACAAAAAAAUUGACGUAUUAAUUGGAAAAGAAGAAGUAUUUCAUAAUAUCAAUCUUGGAAAUAUGAUUUUGAGCGCAUUUAAAUCUAGGCCGGAUUUUGUCGGUCAGAUAGAUGCAAUGACGGAAGAGCAAACUACAUACCAGCAGAUGCGAGAGAAUAGUGUUAAAUGUGCAUUAUGGUUAAAACAAUCACUCUCUACAACUUUCAUAAUAACAAUAUGCACACGUCAUAAAAUGCUUGAAUAUAUACCAUUUUUGGCGAGUUUAUACGUCGGUAUUAUUGUCAAUACGUGGGAUGAAAAGAACAUGAAAGAUAAGAUACGUGUUAUGUACUUCCUGACGGAAUAUAAACCAAAUAUUAUCUUUAUCGAUAAUGACAAUUAUAGGCAACUCAAUUCGGCUAUUCAAAAUAUAAAUAGCGAAAAAGAAAACAUAAAACCUCCAAAAAUCAUAACUUUUGGUAGAAUUGAAGGUGUCGAUUCUCUAGAAUCAAUUCUGAACAACGAUUUUGAAAAGAGCAAAAUUGAUGAAUUUUCCUGCGAGCACAUCAGCCCAUCGAAUCUUGUAGCGACAAUGUUUUCUCCCAAUGCAACAAAUUAUGUUGAUAGUAAAGUACAUAUUCGUUACUUUGCAUUAACAUAUCCAUCGAACCAGGAGGUACCCGUAAUGUCUUCCGGUGACAUUGGUCUAUGGUAUGGAUCUUUAAGUUGGAGUUACGGUGUGAUCUUGACCGUACGUAGUAUAAUUUCGUAUGUGACAGUGGUCAAGUGUUCGAAAUUCAGCGAUGAAAAUAUGUAUGAAACGAUAGAGAAGUACAAGGUGUCGUGGGUAUUUCUUGAAAGCAAGAUGUGCAAUCAAAUGUAUCAUACUGAUAUCCGUAUGUAUAAUAUUUCUUCCUUAAAGCAAUUGGUAAUCGAUGAUUCAGCCAUCAAUUUCAUUGAUGUUCAAAAAAAACUCUGCAAGACAUUUAUAAACGUUUCUAUCAUUCAAGUAUAUACAGAAUUAUGCAUAAUUGCGGCUUAUCAACGAAAUAAUCAACAAUUCGGAUCUAGCGGUUAUGUGGCUAAAAAUAUUCAAUUAAUGGUUCUUGAUAUGGAAUUGAAAGAACCAGUUAGUUCAAAUAUAGCAGGCACAAUCUGGUACAAAUUGAUAUGCAAGUACUGCUCUCCUCAGACAUGCAAAUUGCAAAAUUGUUACAACUAUAAAGCAAAAGAAAAUACUAUCGGCAACAUUAUAAAUAAACAUUUUAAUAACAAAUGGUGUUGUACCGAAGAUUACGGCUAUUAUGCAAAAGAUGGCGAAAUCAUCAUCAUCGAUAAAAUAAAGGAUCUUAUUAAACAUGGAAUAUUCUAUCUCGCACCCACAAAAAUUGAGAAUAUGUUACUAAAACAUCCAGCAGUAUCAGAAGUCGUAGUACUAUCUGUGCCAUGUUCUACUAAUGGUCAAAAUCCUAUAGCUUAUAUUAAAACAGAAAUCGGAGUAAAGGUGACAGCAUGGGAAUUGAUGAAAUUUGUAGCAGACAAUUUGCCUGAUAUCUACCAACUGCGCGGGGGCCUGCACUUCAAGAGAUCCAUGUCACAUCUUCCCAAUGGAAAAAUCGAUCGAAUGCGAAAGUCCGACAAAAUUGAUAUAUUGUCCGGGACAGAAGAAUUGCUUCAUAAUAUAAAUAUUGGAAAUAUGAUUUUGAAAGCAUUCAAAUCUAAGCUGGAUUUUGUCGGUCAGAUAGAUGCAAUGACGGAAGAGCAAACUACAUAUCAGCAGAUGUGGGAGAACAGCGUUAAAUGUGCAUUAUGGUUCAAACAAUUACGCUAUAACAUACGUAUCAUGUACUUUCUAAUAGAAUAUGAACCAGAUAUUAUCUUUAUCGAUAGUGACAAUUACGGGCAACUCAAUUCGGUUAUUCAAAAUAUAAAUCGCGAAAAAAAAAACAUAAAUCCUCCAAAAAUCAUAACUUUUGGUAGAAUUGAAGGUGUCGACUCUCUUGAAUCAAUUCUGAACAAAGAUUUUGAAAAGAAGAAAAUCGAUAAAUUUUCUUGCGUGAACGUGGAACCAAUGGAUAUUAUAGCGAUAAUGUUUUCUCCCAGUGCAACAAGUUAUCCUAAUAGUAAAACUUUUAUUCGUCGUUUUGCUCUUACAUAUCCAUCGAACCAGGAAGUACCCGUAAUGUGUUCCGGUGAUAUUGGUCUAUGGUAUGGAUCUUUAAGUUGGAGUUACGGUGUGAUCUUGACCGUACGUAGUAUAAUUUCGUAUGUGACAGUGGUCAAGUGUUCGAAAUGCAGCGAUAUGUAUGAAACGAUAGAAAAGUACAAGAUUUCGUGGGUAUUUCUUGAAAGCAAAAUGUGCAUCCAGUUUCGUACCAAUAUCCAUAAGUAUGAUAUCUCUUCCAUAAAGCAAUUGGUAAUCGAUGAUUCAACCAUGAAUUUCAUAAAUGCUCAAGUAGUGCUCUGCAGUAAAUUUAUAAACGCUUCUAUCGUUCAAGUAUACAGUAUAGCAGAAGCAUGCAUAAUUGCUGCUUUCCAACGGAAUAAUCGGCGGCUCGGAUCUAGCGGUUAUGCAGCUAAAAAUAUUCAAUUAAAGCUUCUUGAUGUAUAUUCGCAAGAAAUAGUUGAUCCUUGCAGAACAGGCACGAUUUGGUACAAAUUUGUAUUUAAGUGGUGCUGUCCUCAGACAUGCAAAUUGGAAAAUUGUUACAACUAUCGAGCAAAAGAGAAUACUAUCGGCAAGAUUACAAAAAUAUUUUUUAGUAAAAGAUGGCAUUGUUCCGGAGAUUACGGUUUUUAUAAAAAAGAUGGCGAAAUCUUCGUUAUCGAUAAAGUAAAGGAUCUUAUUAAAUAUAGAAAAUUCCUUCUCUCACCCACAAUAAUUGAGAAUAUGUUACUACAACAUCCAGUAGUGUCAGAAGUCUCUGUAGGAUCUGUGCCAAGUACUAUUGAUGGUCAUCAUCCUAUAGCUUAUGUUAAGAAAAAAUGCGGUUUAGAGGUGACGGCAAGGGAAUUGAUGAAAUUUGUAGCAGAUAAUUUGCUUGAUGUCUACCAACUGCGCGGGGGCCUGCACUUCAAGAGAUCCAUGUCAUAUCUUCCCAAUGGAAAAAUCGAUCGAAUGCGAGUUACCAGUAGUAGCAACUGA